UCUCAAUAUACCUACACAUCUACUUCAGCUCCAUCAAAAAAUCAACCGUUCAAACUUUGAUAUACUUUUAUCUCAUUAGACUUUUUAAAGAGUUUUGAUUUCGCCACUUAUCAAUAUCUGCUACAUCAACUCUAGGAUACCCAGCACACUUUGUUUAGCUCAAACAAGAUCCACUAUAUUUAGUCCUCUUGGAAAAUACCAAGAAAUUAACGCCGAAAAUUUGGUUUGUGGUACAACAGCAGUCGAAAAAAUCUAGCUAUUGAAAACUAAAAAGCGAGUCUGAAAACAGCAGUCCAAAACUUCAAAAGUAAAAAGCAGCACCUCAAAACUUUUAAACAAACUACCACACUUCUUUUCUUUAAAAUCAACAUCAGCAAUGAAAGCAUUCUUGGAAAAGUACGACAUGCAGCAUACAAUCGGAACUGGAGCAUUUUCCGAAGUAAAGCUAGCAGUUGAGCGCAGCAAUGGUCAAAAAUAUGCCAUUAAAGUGAUUGACAAGGCAAAAUGCAAGGGAAAGGAGGGCAUGAUUGAAAUGGAAGUCAACAUUCUCAAACGUGUCCGUCAUCCCAACAUUGUUCAGUUGUAUGAGAUGUACGAGUUUAAUGACAAAAUCUAUCUUGUCAUGGAACUUGUUACGGGUGGAGAAUUGUUUGAUGAGGUUGUGGGACGAGGAAAGUAUACAGAAAAGGAAACAGCAAAAACGAUUCAGCGUAUUCUUGGUGCUAUUGAUUACCUCCACGCACUUGGUAUCGUUCAUCGUGAUCUAAAACCCGAGAAUCUUUUACUUUCUGAAAAGGGCAAGAGCAGCAAAAUCAUGAUUAGCGAUUUCGGUCUAUCGAAAAUCUUCAACGAUGUCGAGGUGAUGAAAACUGCAUGCGGAACUCCUGGUUAUGUUGCUCCCGAGGUUCUUCGUCGUCAAGGCUAUGGCAGAGAGGUGGAUAUUUGGUCAUUAGGAGUCAUUACGUAUAUUUUACUUUGUGGAUAUCCUCCAUUUUUCGACCCUAAUAAUGUGGAGCUAUUCAAAAAGAUCAUGACGGGUAGAUUUGAGUUUGAUUCGCCAUGGUGGGAUAACAUUUCAGACAAGGCCAAAGACUUUGUUCGUCGAUUGUUAGUUUUAGAUCCCAAGCAACGCUAUACCGCUGCACAAGCACUUAGUCAUCCUUUUAUUCUUGAAUUUGGAGGACCCUCGGAACCACUUUGGACAGCUUCUAAUGUGAGCGCAUCAACCGAGUUUGCAGUCAAGCCUGUGCAAACUGUUCCUUUACCCCAACCACAGCAACGGCCAGCGAGUCAGCAGACAAAGCAACCGCCUUCUUCACAAACACCUACCCAACAACGAUCUCAAAAUGCACGACCUGUGCAAAGUACUCCAACUCCUCCACCCUCUGUAUCAACAGACAACACGACUGUUUCUACAACAGUUCCAUCACGAAAAGAAACCACCUCAUCCAACAAGCAAAAGUACUCUGAGCCUCGUCCUCUGAGUGCCAAAUCACCUUUAGACGACAGUGGUAUUGUCACAUCCAACGAGAAACUUUCACAACAGAAUGGGGCACCCAAUGGUCAUUUGAAAGAUGCUCGUGGGUCUUACUUUUCUACAAAGAUACAUCGCAUUACUUCUUGGUUCAAAACUGGCGUUACAUUACAUCCUGGUCAAAAACACCGUAGUUAGUGGUGUUGCCUGAUUCAUGGUUAUAUCAAGUUGUUUCCCUUCACCUUUUGCCUGAUCCUCUAAAGAUCUCAAUCUAGCUUUGCACCACUUGCAAGUUGGAUUGAAACCUCGAUGAUCAUGGCAACACCAAUUUUUUUUAGAUGCAUUCAAAAUGAACCAGUAUUUACAACC